UUCGCAAUUUGUGCUGGUGUUGUGUUCGUUGUUUAUAUAGUGUGAAUAUACAAAUAAUAUUUUUUGUACAUAAAUAUUGAAACAUGAAAUCGAUAAUACUGGUCGCUGUGGCAUUCCUUUCAAAUGCACUCGCUUAUCACGAUCCUGACCUCAACUACCAUUUGAGCCAAGUACAGAAUGUACAAGGAUGUGGGGACUCCGGCUACUCUUACCCCGCGCCGGCUGUUCAACUGUCCGUUGCAAAUGUGAAAGCAACUGCUGCUCCAUUCAUCCAAUCAGGCAUAUCUUCAUCAAGCGGAUAUAAAACCUCAGGGGCUUUUGCGCAAAAUGUUCUGUUCCAAGCUGCAGCGCCACAACUGACGUAUCAAACUCCAGUUACAUCUUACUUACCACAACUACAGGAAACUUACCUUCCACAAUCUCAAACCCAAGACACAUACUCACCCCAAAAUUCCGUGACGUACCAAGCACCACAGACUUUUGACUCCGCAGGAUAUUCAUCCCAAAGUGGACACGGAUACGCGACCACUGCUGGAUUAUCAAGCGCCUCCAGUCCCAGAACGGUGAUUCCACAAAGCACCUACGCUCAGGCUCCCAUUAUUGCCAAAGUAACAGCUGCACCGUUACAGGCCAAAUUCGCUUUAUCUCCAUUAAAAACAUACGCCUCCCAAAAUGUAGUAUCGCAGCAGUCUUUAUACUCUUCUGGAUCGUCAGCAAGAGCUUCUCUUAACUCUUACACUACAUCUGGGGGACCGGUUGUGUCGCAAGUUUAUGCAGCGCCAUCUUCUGGGUACGCUACUUCAUCAGCACUGAAAUGGCAACCGCAAGCUCAGGUAGCUGGCCCUGCAUAUUCAUCUGCCAGUUACAAUCAAGCGUCAAUAGCGAGAGUUGCACCAGUUACUUCCCAAUACACGUCUUAUGCUUCACCAGUUGUUUCUCAAUAUAGUGCUCCAGUAGUGUCUCAUUAUGCUGCACCUACUGUAAGUUAUUCUGCUCCCGCUGUAUCCCAGUAUGCUGCUCCCGCAGUAUCCCAAUAUGCUGCUUCCGGAGUAUCCCAGUACUCUGCUCCCGCAGUAUCGCAUUAUGCUGGACCAUCAGUGUCUACAGCGCGCCUUGUUCAAUACUCAGCCCCUUCAGUGGCACAAAAAGCCGUAUCCAUUGCUUCUCAGUACGCUGCACCAACAGUGACACAAUACGCAGCACCUGUAGCCCAGUAUUCCGUACCAGCGAUAUCCCAACAGUCAGCACAUAGCGUGCGGUACUCAGCACCUAUCGUUCAGUCAACCGUAUCACAUGCUGCAGCUCCAGCCGUUGCCAUAGCACCUGUGGCCAGAAUUGCCUCCGGUUCACACAUCACCAAAAAUGUUCACACCGAGUUUUUGGAAAAUUAUGAUGCCCACCCCCGCUACGCGUUUGAGUAUCACGUGAAUGAUCCUCACACUGGUGAUAUCAAGCAACAGAAAGAAGUACGAGAUGGCGAUGUUGUUAAAGGUCAGUACUCAUUGGUGGAACCGGACGGCUCUGUACGGACAGUGGACUAUGUCGCCGAUUGGGAGACCGGUUUUCACGCGAACGUUCACAAUAGCAAAGACAACCAGCACUAGAUAUAACCUAAACUAAUAAAGCUAAGUUCAAACGGCGAUAGUUAAUCUCCACUCAUUAAAAAAUUAAGCACUCGACAAUGUAAAAUUUCCGAAGACAAUUCAGCUAUCAACACUACAAGUUCUAUCGAAAUGCUAAUCUAUCAAAGACAUCUAAGAG